UUUACUACUUCUAUUUAGCCUUGUUCAAUUCUGUCUCUUACAUAAUGAAAUUUGACAUUAAUAUGUUUUGUUCUGUCAUCAAGCCCUUUAACUACAAUGCCUCUUUUAUUGCUUCUGCUAGUGCCAUGUACUCUGCCUCUGAGUUGAUAGGAUUGUAAUAGACUGUAAGUUUUUCUUCCAGCUUAGCAUAUUAGGUCCAUAUAAGAAAAGAUAGCCUGUAAGAGAUCUUCUUUUGUCUAGAUCUCCUGCAAAUUCUGAGUCAACAUACCCAUAUAGCUCUAGGUCUGUCUCUUGUAUACUUUGAUAGAUCAAUUUGGAUUGUUUCGACCAAAUUAGAUACCUAAGUAUCCAUUUAGUGGUUUCCCAGUGUCUUCUUCCAGGAUUAGACAUGUAUCUACUAACUAGGCUUGCACAAUAGGAAGGAUCUAUCUAGUAGAGAUCAUUAGGUACAUCAAACUACCCACUGUUUGACUAUAAGGAACUGUUUGCACUUGUUUUAGGUGUUCUAAGUCAGCUUCUGUAGAUGAGUUAGCUGAAGAUAGUUUAAAAUGAUGAGCAAUAGGCAAAGUCAUUGGUUUAGCAUUGGUCAAGUUGAACCUUCUAAUGAUAUUCUUACAGUAGUUAGUUUGGUUGAUGCUAAGUUAGUUUUUAUGUUCAUUGUUAGUGAAUCUAUCAUCAAUUUACUAUACUAAUAGAUUAAAAUUAUCUGGUUGUUGUAUUUAACUUGGCAUGUUCAUUUACUUUUAGAUUAUAAUUGGUCUAUUAAAUAAUAGAAUAGCAAUGAAAAAAAAAGGAUACGAAUGAUAUUGGAUUUUAGUAUUUUCUAUCCGUAAUUGUUUGCAUGCUCUAAUUUCCUAUUAGGUCUUUCAUUGAACAAUAAUUAUUUGUUUUUUCACAUUCUAUUAGAUUUAUCAUUGAUAUUUCCACUACAUGAUUUUUUUUUUUCAAUAUUACUCUUAGGUUUGAAAUAAUCAUCUUUUAAAAUUUUGAAAAGAAAUAGAAAUUUAAAAUGAUGUGACCGUAACCUAUAUAAAACGGUAUAACUAUCAAAAUUUAUACUCUAAAUCACUAUCAAAUUACCAUUAUCUAGAUGCCAACUUUCUUUCUUAAUUCUAAAAGAGUUUCUACUUCGACUUUUAUUUUGAAAGGUUUAAAAAAGUCAACCUUAGUAUUCCAACUUUUAAAACUUACGAAAUAGAAAAUUUUGAAAUUACAGAAUUGAGUGCUAUUUUUUAAAUAUAUAUAUAUAUAUAUAUAUAUAUAUGUAUAUAUAUUAACCAUUUAUGUAAAUGUUUUGUUUCUCUAUAGAAAGAGUUCGUUUCAAACUCUAAAUUGCAUGCUUUGUAUUGAAAGCAAAAAUGGCCACUCCAUUCUUCUUCUUCUUCUUCUUUCUUCUUUUUUUUCCUUUGUAUUCUCUCCAAACGGCCUUCGUCGCUCCCAUUUACAAAGACCAUAUCUCCCUUCUCUACUCCAUCUCCGUCCACCUCAAAACGCCGCUCCGGCCGGCCAACCUCCACCUCGACCUCGGCGGCGGCUUCUCCUGGAUCGACUGCUACAACCGUUACAACUCUUCCUCUUACCAAUUUGUCCUUUGUAAUUCCCCUCUCUCCCAUUCUUUACAACAGAAUACUUGCGGCUCCUGCGUCGAAGCUCCAUCUCCGGUCUGCGCCAACGACACCAUCUUUUCCUACGCCUAUCCAGAGAAACCAUUCCUCAGAGAUCAAUUUGUUGAUUACAAUCACGCUAAGCUCACCGAUUCCGAGAAUGUCAUCACCGAUGUUCUUGCUCUCUUCACCACUGACGGCUCCGAUUCCUAUCCACUCCGUCGUAUUCCCGAAAUUCCUUUCUCCUGCGUCAAGACCGAUUUCCUCCGAGGACUUGCCAGGGGUGUCAUUGGCCUGGCGGCGCUCGGUCGUUCCAACGUGUCGAUUCCAUCGGUGAUUAGCGCGAAAUUCAAUAGCCCUAGGUUUUUCGCGAUUUGUUUAUCUGGAGCGAGAUUAGGGACUGGCGUUGCUUUCUUCGGUUCUAAAGGUCCGUACAAAUUUUUCCCCAAUGUCGAUCUUUCUAAAUCCCUAAUUUACACUCCCUUGCUCUUCAGUCCGGCGACCAACUCGAUUUACACCAAUUGGUUACCGUCUUACGAGUAUUACAUUGGACUCUCGGCCAUUAGAAUCAACGGCAAGGCAGUGCCUUUCAACACUUCUCUAUUGUCGUUUGAGCCGGUUAUUGGUGGCGGCGGAACGAAAAUCAGCACCUCCACCAAUUACGCGUUGCUACAGAGCUCAAUUUACAGAGCAUUCACGACGGUGUUUAUGAAAGAAUCUGCUGCACUGAACUUCACGUUGACAAAUGCGGUAGAGCCGUUCGGAGUGUGCUAUACGGCGUAUAGCGUGGGAGUGACGGCGGAAGGACAGGCGAGGGCACCGGUGGUGGAUCUGGUUAUGGAGAAAGGGAAAGUGGUGUGGAAAUUGGGGGGGAGGAAUACGAUGGUGAGGAUUAAGAAGAAUGGAGUUGAUGUUUGGUGCUUGGGAUUCAUCAAUGGUGGAGAAUUUCCAAGAACGCCGAUUGUGAUCGGAGGUCUGCAAAUGGAAGAUCAUUUGUUGCAGUUUGAUCUUGAAAAUUAUAGAUUUGGAUUCAGUUCUUCGGCGCUAAUGGAAGGGACUUCAUGUUCAAAAUUCAACUUCACUUCUAUCAACAACAUUUCCUUAUAAGUGGCUGUGUGAGGUGCAGAAUUGAUAUAAGAUAUCUGAAAUUUUGUAUUUGGGGCUACAGAGUUGAUAUGGGAUGUUAGUGUAUCUAAUAUAAUUUUUCUAAUUCUAAAAGAAUUUGUUCAAA